AUGAACUCUUGUUCUUUAUACCACUGUGCUCUGCACACCCUUAGUCUGGCAGUGCUUGUUGCUGGAAAUGUCCACCCAGAAUGUGAUUUUAUGGUAGAGCUGAAGAAAAAGGAGGCUGAAUGUCUGGAGGCCCCACAGGAGCAGGGAAAUGGAACAUCACCAGGUUGCAAGAGAACUUGGGACAAAUUGCUGUGCUGGCCAGAGGCAGAUGCUGGAGAGAUUCUUGCCUUACCAUGUCCAAACAUCCUCUUUCACUUCAUGAAGGAGCCAGCUGGGAUGAUAAAACGAAACUGCACAAAAAAGGGCUGGUCUGACCCAUUCCCUCCCUACCAUGUGGCCUGUCCAGUAGAAGAUGAGAUUCCUCUUGAAGAACAAUCCUACUUUUCUACUGUAAAGAUCAUCUACACUGUGGGAUACAGCGUGUCCAUCACCUCCCUCAUCAUUGCUGUGGCAGUUCUUAUUGCAUUCAGGAGGCUUCGCUGUCCCAGGAAUUAUAUCCAUGUACAGCUCUUUUUUACAUUCAUCUUAAAGGCUAUUGCCAUUUUUAUUAAAGAUGCUGUCCUUUUCCAGGAGGAAGGCAUUGAUCACUGCAGCUUCUCUACAACCCAAUGCAAGAUCUCCGUGGUUUUCUGUCACUACUUCAUGAUGACCAACUUCAUGUGGCUGCUGGUGGAGGCUCUCUACCUAAACUGCCUGCUGCUCUCAUCCCUUUCUCAUGGGAGAAGAUAUUUUUGGUGGCUGGUUCUCUUUGGCUGGGGUUUUCCAACACUUUUCACCCUUAUAUGGAUAUUGACAAAAUUCUACUUUGAAGACACAGCAUGCUGGGAUAUUAAUCAAGGCUCUCCUUAUUGGUGGCUAAUCAAAGGACCAAUUAUAAUUUCUGUGGGGGUCAAUUUUGUCCUAUUUAUCAACAUCAUAAGAAUUUUGCUGAAAAAACUAGACCCUAGACAAAUCAACUUCAAUAAUUCUUCUCAGUACAGACGUCUCUCAAGGUCAACUCUGCUUCUAAUUCCAUUAUUUGGAACCCAUUACAUUGUCUUCAACUUCCUCCCAGAACAUACCAGCCUGGGGGUUCGGCUUUACUUGGAGCUCUGCAUUGGAUCUUUUCAGGGUUUUAUUGUGGCAGUUCUCUACUGUUUCCUGAACCAAGAGGUGCAAACGGAGAUCGGCCGGAGGUGGCACGGGAAGAGAUACAGGUUUGUGCCAGUGUGGAGGAGGACAAGGUGGACUGUGCCAUCCAGCUCUGGGGUGAAAAUGACCACUUCUGUAUGCUGA